AUGGAAAAUGUUGGUAAUGUUAACCCACUUAUUUCACAAGAUAGUGCACACCAAGUAGCUCCCGCUAUGGAAGAAAGUUUCAACUCUUCGCUUAAUGGCCUGACACCAUCGAAGGAAACAGUUGAAACACCUAAUGAUGAGACAACUGAUAAAAUGGAUACAUGUGAUAAUAUAGAGGCAUUGGCAGAAACAAAGAAAGGAAGGUUUAGGAGUAAGGCUUGGGAUCAUUUUGCAAAGGUGAAAGUUAAUGGCGAGGAUAAGGCUCAAUGUAAAUAUUGCAAGAAAUUUCUUGGUAAAAAUCGAGCAAUGGAACAAAACACUUGCUUCAACAUAUGGAGACAUGCAUUCAUCGCAAAAUUCAUGAGAACAAGACUACAAAAGGACAGACAUUUCUCAUGCCAAAGAGCUUGCAAGGAAAGCAAGAAUUAG